CCCGGAUAGGAAAGAGGGGCGCAAAGCUGGGGGCGGGGGGCGGGUUCUGCCCCAGGCUGGGACAGAGACGGGAUUAAGUCGCUCGGACCAAGGCAAGCAAAGGCCAAGUUCCGCGGGGAAAAUGCAGUAUGCGAUCGACGCAUGGCUGAUGGGUAAAUGAUGCACCAUUGGGUAGUUCUGCACUGGGGUGACAGAUCUUGGGGUUAUCUCGGGGUCCGUCACACACCCUUCACGGCAUCCUUACGCGGGGGAGAUGUAGUCUUUCUGCUGGGCUGGACCCGCGAUCUGUGGGGUUUGUAUCUUGAUCUGGUAAUAUUCACCGCGGGAGAGACUUAAGAGUCGAAUUGCAGUAUGCCAAGAGGCGCUCGGUGUUCCAGCCGACGAUGGAGAAGGCGUCAAGAGGCUGGGGCGAAGUUUGGGGAAAUACGGGGACCUCUUCGGUAAUCUUGCAUUUAGACCGCAUCACAACUCGCCUUGCCAGCCGCUUCUUCGUGUCUUCUCCCCGCGGGGAAGUGGAUAAUGAGAGCAAGGCCUUAUCGAGGGAAGCUUCUUGUUACGGCCAGCUAGUCG